GGCUGCACGGAGGCAGUUAGAGGAGUCGUGUGGCCUCCGCGGGUGAGGGUGGCUGCCCGUAGUGCAGCUGUGGACGCGGCCUGCCUCUGACCUCUCCCGGUCUUCUCCCACCACCCGCAUGGUUCGGGCUGCUCACUGAGCGGCGGCGGGGCGUGACGGACGCGCCGCCCAGACGGCACCGGGUCGCAGCUUGCCGUCACCGGCACUUCCUCCUGCGGCGCCCGUGCGCGGGCGGCUGGGCGGGCGGGAUGGCGGCCCGGGGUAACGGCCGCGCAUCGGCGCCCCGGCUGCUUCUGCUCCUGCUGGUUGUUUUGCUGGGGUCCGCGGUCGGGGUCCGGGCCGGGCCGGAGGAAGACCUUAGCCACCGGAACAAGGAACCGCCGGCCGCUGCCCAGCAGCUGCAGCCGCAGCCCGCUGGCGUUCAGGGGCCCGAGCCGGCCCGGGCCGAGAAAGGAUUUACACCAGCAGCCCCAGUUCACACAAAUAAAGAAGACCCAGCUACCCAAACCAAUUUGGGAUUUAUUCAUGCAUUUGUCGCUGCCAUAUCAGUCAUCAUUGUGUCUGAAUUGGGUGAUAAGACAUUUUUCAUAGCAGCCAUCAUGGCGAUGCGCUAUAACCGAUUGACGGUGCUGGCUGGGGCUAUGCUUGCCUUGGCCCUGAUGACCUGCUUGUCAGUUCUGUUUGGCUAUGCCACCACCGUCAUCCCCAGGGUGUACACAUACUAUGUCUCAACUGCAUUAUUUGCCAUUUUUGGCAUUAGAAUGCUUCGGGAAGGCUUGAAGAUGAGCCCAGAUGAGGGUCAAGAGGAACUGGAAGAAGUUCAAGCAGAAUUAAAGAAGAAGGAUGAAGAAUUUCAACGAACCAAACUCUUAAAUGGACCAGGAGAUGUUGAAACGGGUACAAGCACAACAAUACCUCAGAAAAAGUGGCUGCAUUUUAUUUCACCCAUUUUUGUUCAAGCUCUUACACUAACAUUCUUAGCAGAAUGGGGAGAUCGCUCUCAACUCACUACGAUUGUUCUGGCAGCUAGAGAGGAUCCCUAUGGUGUAGCAGUGGGUGGAACAGUGGGACACUGCUUAUGCACUGGAUUGGCAGUAAUCGGAGGAAGAAUGAUAGCACAAAAAAUCUCUGUCAGAACUGUGACGAUCAUAGGAGGUGUCGUGUUUUUGGCGUUUGCAUUUUCUGCACUAUUUAUAAGUCCUGAUUCUGGUUUUUAACACACUAUUUGUUCAUCUGUAUUUAGUCUAAGAUAGGUAACUACUGUCAUUCUGUACAUAGUGUACAUUACAACUAAAAGCAAUGGAAAAUACUGUAUUUUGUAGCAUUGAUUUUUGAGUUUGACCCAUUUAAUGAAAGUAUUAUGUCCAAAAAAGAUAAUCACUGAUUUGUAAAAUGGAUUUUUAAAAGAAACCCGACUUCUCAGUGUGGACUUUUUGCAACAUAAUUGUCAAUAUAGUCCCCAUUUCUGUUUGGUAUGUGUAGAACCAUUGUGCAAUGGGGUCUACCACUUGAUUUUCUUUCAACAUGACCCCUUUAUAAGGAAUAUAUUCUCCUUGGUCACUGAGGCAUUUCAGAUGUUUACCUUAAAAAUUUCCUUGUGGAAAGAAUGAAUGAAUUUCUUUUAAAAAAAUAUUUCCCUAAGCCACUAAGCAGUAGUUUAAUCAUGUCUUUUCAAAAUUAGAUUGUUUUUAAAAAGAGACAAAUAAGGUAAUAAUUACUAUAGCAAUUAGAAUUGUUUGCUAAGUCCAUUCUUUUUUUUAAUUGGGUAGGACACCCAAUAUGAAAAUAGUCAAUAUUUGACAAUGUGGAAUUACCAAAUUAAAAGAGAAUACUAUGAAUGUAUUCAUAUUUUUUCUAUAUUGAAUAAACAAUGUAACAUAGAUACAAUGUAAAUAAAAGUGGUAUGACCAGUG